CGCCAUUGGAGCCGGCUUGGCUUGCGAGCCCCGCUGAGGCGGCGCAGGUCGUGCUGCAGUUACCGCCGAGUCCGCUCCUGGUUCUUGACCCCUAAGCGGCAUGGCGUGCGGGGCGACGUUGAAGCGGCCCAUGGAGUUCGAGGCGGCGCUGCUGAGCCCCGGCUCCCCGAAGCGGCGGCGCUGCGCCCCUCUGCCCGGCUCCACUCCGGGCCUCAGGCCCCCGGGCGCCGAGCCGCCACCGCCGCUGCUUCAGACGCAGACCCCAGCGCCGACUGUGCAGCAGUCCGCCCCGCCCGGCAGCGAGCGGCGCCUUCCAACGCCGGAGCAAAUUUUCCAGAACAUAAAACAAGAAUAUAGUCGUUAUCAGAGGUGGAGACAUCUAGAAGUUGUUCUUAAUCAGAGUGAAGCUUGUACUUCAGAAAGUCAGCCUCACUCCUCGGCACUCACAGCACCUAGUUCUCCAGGUUCUUCAUGGAUGAAGAAAGACCAGCCCACCUUUACCCUCCGACAAGUUGGAAUUAUAUGUGAGCGUCUCUUAAAAGACUAUGAAGAUAAAAUUCGGGAGGAGUAUGAGCAAAUCCUCAAUACCAAACUAGCAGAACAAUAUGAAUCUUUUGUGAAAUUCACACAUGAUCAGAUUAUGCGACGAUAUGGGACAAGGCCAACAAGCUAUGUGUCCUGAGGCUUUCUUGCAUAUCUGGGUACCAGGUUUAACCUCAAGAGAUGGCUGCUGUACACUUUUUGCAACUGGUUUGAUAUCACAUUUCAGCUCCAACUUUGCAUCCUGAGAACACUUAAAUGUUUCUGCAGGUCCAUUUUUAUACAACUUGAAAGACCUUCAAACUUUCUGGUUGCCACAAGCAUAUCUUUCUCUUCUGCUCAUCCAAUAAACAGCUGUGCCCUACUGUGAUAGAUUUUCCAAACAAAAUACCUGGAGCAGCAGUUUAGCAAAAUAUGCCUUCAGUGGCACUCAACAAAUGGAGUUUCCCCAAGCACAGUUCUGUAAGAAGUGUGUGUGAGAAUGUGUGUAUAUGUGUGUAUGUGUAUUUUAAGUUAUUAUUUGUAUUUUACAAAUUUUUUGAUCUUGGGGAUUCGGGCUGUGAAUUUGAUGCACGACAAUUAUGGUUAAAAACAUUUGCUUGGUCUAUAGAAGAUCAUUAAUGUUUUGUGACCAUAUAAGUUGUAACAGUGGAUUGUUUUAUGUAUAGGUAUUGUUAAAUACAGGGACUGUUUCCAGGCACAGAAUAUGAAUCAUAAGUUAGGAUGGACAUUAGAUGUGAUUAUAAUGAUAUUGUGAAAGUCUGCAGUCCUGGGUCUGCAAACUUGUGGUGAGGAAUUAGAACAAACUGGAGACGGGCCAUUUGACACAUGGACUUUGCCUAGCCGUGUUAGGAAAAUACUUUGACUCCAAGCCUUAAAAUACCCAUAUGGAGUCUGCGCUCACCUCAUUCACCCAAUCAGAGAGCUCCCUGGACACUGAACCUCCAAGGGUUUUCCCUGGGAGCAAGGGCAUCAGUGUUUGCUCAGGAGCAUAGCAUAGGUGAGCACAGGACCGGGCCAGGCCCCAGCACACUGCUACUUGGGAGGACCCACUUACCUUUGUGUCAGUCAUUACAAAUAGAAUUUGGAUCCUUUGGUCAGGUUCCCCCAAAUUCUUUUCAGAGGUGUCCAUGUUCAACUGCUUGAGCUUUGUUUUGGCAACCCCCUGCCCGAAGUUGCUUACAGGCUGUUCUUCACCUUGCGUCCAAGGCUGAGGAACAGAAAGUAGCCUCUGUUUUGAGGAGGUGGAAGUUAUGUAUACAUUUAUUUUUUACUGUGACUUGUUCAGGACCACAUUUUACAAAAUGCCUUGUUUCAUUUAUUAUCGUUUCUGGAAAGGAGAGUUCUAUUAAAAUUGUUUUGGUUUUACUAUAGAGUAGUUUUUUUAAUUAGGGCUUAUUUUGAAAAACUCUGAGUUUACGUAAUUCAGAUGUAUGCCAGUACCUUCCAAAGGUAAUAUUCAGAUUGUUCUGAUCAGAUGGUUUAGAGAAAUUUCUGGAAUAUUCACAUUUGAAGAUUCCUUAUUAAUGAAUGUCUUUGACUUAAAUCUAACCAAAAACUGCAACAUUAUUCUUUGUACAUUUUCAUUAUAUAGUGUUAACAAGCUUAGUUGCAAACAAAUAAAAUACUUAAGCUAUUUGUUUACCUGGCCUUUUUACUACAAUGAUAAUGUUUAUUAAUUCAAGUAAUUUAUGUGAGGCUGCUAUAACCAUUUCCUGAGUUCAUCAUUACAUUGAAGAUUUACAGACCUUUUUAAAGCCCAGCAGUGAUCUUUUAAUAAUUAAAGAGUGAUUUUAUUCCAUACUUGAAGGACAGUUUUAUCUCCUCUCUUCUUUUUCCGGGGAAGUCACUUGUUCCCUAGAAGAGGAACAUAGCAAUGGCUGUAACAGGAAUGGCCCUGCAGAGGGAUAAUCACACCAAAACAAGGGAAGGGCAGCUAUGGGGACCAUCAAAAGUUUUGCAGGCUGGACUGGGAGUGGGGAACACUGCCUCACUGAGGUCUCUUUGUAAUAGAAUCAACGUGAUAUGCUCACUCACUAUUGCAGGUAUCAUCCCCAUUCUUACUAAAUGGCUUCUGGCUGGGAAGUAGAGUAGGUUUCUGUAAGGAAAAUGACACCCUGUCAUGGCACCCAGAAUUGUUGGGUUGUUGUAUUAUGAUAUAGGGCAACAGGGUAAGUAGGCUUCAUGGGUAGGGGUUGGAAUCUUCUCUAAAGGGACUAGACAUUUGUUUAAUUUCCUAGGACAGAAAUUGGGGACCUGCAUGAUAGGCCUCAGGCUGGCAAAAGAAGGAAUUUUUCCCUAGACCUUGAUUUCUAGGGCUUAAUCUUAGGGUCCCUCCCAGGUAGGAAACUGUCUUUAUCCCUUCGAAAUAGAUCAAGGCCUAGAUGAUCUCAGAAUGGCAAUAUCUAGUGAGCUAAUUCAGAAGUCUUUGUCUAUUUUGCCUUUCUUAUCCUCUUUUAGUAAAAUCUUAAACUUUAAGGGAACUAAAAGGAGUAAGUCUAUGCCUAGAUCAGAUGGGCAAAGAGAUCAAAGACCCUGAGGCAGUGAUAAUUGGUGAGAGCUCCCGAAGGGGAAGGAGAACAUCAGGGAAUGCAAGGAUUUGGGCCAGUCUUCCAUACACGGUGAAUUUUCCCUGUCUACCUUGGACGAUGGUUGUCUAGUGUCAUAGUUAAAGGAAUGAGCUCUGAGUGUUCCAGAGCCCUGGAGUUGAGUUUCUGCUCUGUCUAAUUCGUUGUGUGAGUUUUGCACCAAGUUGCUGAACUUUCUGGGCCAGUUCCCUUAUGUGUAAAAUAGGGGCUAAUGGAUGUGCAUUAUUGGGUUUUGUUUUUGAAUGUGAAGAUUAAAUGAAAUAAUCCAUGUAAAGAAAGUAUUUAGCACAAUUUGGGGCAUAGAAUAUACAUUUUAAAAUGUUAUAGGUUUCCUCACAGUGGUUUUCAUUAGAUCUGAAGACCAAAAAACCUUCCUGUCUACAGCAGUGAUUCUCAACCUUAUUCAGUAUGAGAAGCCCCUUGUUAACCUCAAAAUCUUAUUCUCUUAUUAGAAUUUGUACCUUUAAAUGCUGGAUUAAGGAAACAAAAGAUGAACAGGAAAUGAAUUCAGUAAUCCUUUUCAGUAAAUCUGCAUUCUGUUAUUCACUAUAGCAGGGGUCUGUAAACUGUGGCCUGUUUUUAUAAAUAAAGUAUUAUUGGAACACUGUCAUGCCUUUUCAUUGCAAUACUGUCUGUGGUGGUUUUCACACUGUAACACCAGAGUUGAGUAGGUGUGACAGAGACAGUACAGACCGCAGAGAAAGCCAUGUACAGAAAAAGUUUGCCGACCUCUGUACUAUAGCGUUAAUAUACGUGCUAUACGUUUGAAAAGAGUCAACAAGCCACUUGUCGUGGAUUGGUGGACCACUUGCCCUAAUUUGUUAUUCCCAGGGAAGUUACACCUCAGGUUGAAUCACUAGUCUGUUUGAAAAAAUCCUCUACUUAUAAAUGAAAACUGAGUGCUACACUGAAUAUCUUAGAGAAAAAGUUAAGUUUUUUAGAGCUAUGCUUCUGAAGAAUGAGAACAGGCAGCAUACUAUUUGGGGGGCAGAGGGGAAGAUUCGGAAUGACUUUAUUUUUUAAAUUUUUAUUGUGCUUUAAGGGAAAGUUUACAAAUCAAGUCAGUCUCAUACAAAAAUAUGUAUACACCUUGCUAUACACUCCCAGGUGCUCUCCUCCUAAUGAGAUAGCACACUGCUCUCCACCCUGCAUUUCUGUGCCCAUUCAGCCAGCCUCUGUCCCCCCUGCCUUCUCAUCUCCCCUCCAGACAGGAGCUGCCCACAUAGUCUCAUGUGUCUAUUUGACCCAAGAAGCUUACUCCUCAACAGUAUCAUUUCCCAUCCUAUAGUCCAGUCUAAUCCCUGUCUGAAGAGUUGGCCCUGGGAAUGGUUCCUGUCUUGGAUAACAGAAGGCCUGGGGACCAUGACCUCUGGGGUCCUUCAAGUCUUAGACAGUUAAGUCUGGUCUUUUUAUGAGAAUUUGAGGUCUACAUCCCACUGUUCUGCUCCCUCAGGGUUCUCUAUUGUGUUCCGUGUCAGGGCAGUCAUUGAUUAUAGCCAGGCACCAUCUAGUUUUUCUGGUCUCAGGCUGAUGUAGUCUCUGGUUUAUGUGGCCCUUUCUGUCUCUUGGGCUCAUAAAUUACUUUGUAUCUUUGGUAUUCUUCAUUCUCCUUUGCUCCAAAGUCGGUUGAGACCAAUUGAUGCAUCUUAGAUGGCCACUUGGUAGCGUUCAAGACCCCAGGCGCCACUCUCCAAAGUGGGAUGCAGAAUGUUUCAGAAUGACGUAUUAACCAUAUUUAAUUUAAAAUUUCAGGUAUAAAAGCAAGCAUGAGAAUUUUGUUUAUCUAAUGCUGGGAUGAGUUCAAAGGUAGUUUAUAAAAUAACCAUUCUUAAGGAACAGAGGCUUUCAUGCAGCCAUGGAGAUUCUUUGUUGGAAACAGCUUUAGAAGUGUGAUGGUCUUCUGGAACUAUAGUUAAACAUUGAGCCUUGGAUAAGGCCGGGUGCCUCUAAAAAGAAAAUGGAUAGGUUUACCUAGGGAAAAAAAUCUCCAGCUACCCUUUCAAAUAAAUAAUUAGCACUUCAUUGUACAGAGGACCUGACACUUUGCCUAGUUAUGUCACUACCUGGUAUUUUCAUGGGUCUCUUACUGAUUGUUGCUUACAGUGUCUUGUUCUCCUUAUGUUCCUGGUUAUCUGUGUGUAGAUAGUAUAUUUGAGAAAUUAUUUGUAGUAGUAAACUGAGGACAAGGAUGAUGAUGUCACCUCUAGAAAGGAUUUCUGUUGUCUGUGCGACCAAUCUUAAAUUACUAUCUUAAUUCAGGUUGAAGGCUGGAGGUUCCCUGGAUCCUCUAGAUGACAACACAGCCAGGUGGCACGUUCAUGUGAGGGCUGGUUUACUUUUGUUUCACCCUUAUCCUGAAGGUGUAAUCCUUUGGGGUCCCAGCCUAAGGUGUCUGUGGUGGCUCUUGUCAGAGUUUUCACCUUUAAUUGGCCUUGGGUUUUGAUUUUUGUCCACCUUGGUCUGUUUCCAAAAGUUCUAAAGUGUAGUUCAGGCAUCCAGGGAUUUGUUCCCAGAUUGGCAAAGGCAGUUUUGAUUGCUAGGUUUAAUGCUCUGGCUUCUCCUUUUAUAUUUCAUUUGCUUUCUAGUUGAUCCUUCAUUUCUAGACCUGGAAGUUCCUAGUGCUUUGUCUUAGAGGAGCUUUGGUUGGUUGGUGAAGACUGUUAACCUGGCUUGGUACCCAACUUCAUGUGUGUGUGUUUUUUGUUUUAAGUAUUAUUUUAUUGAGUUCCAACUUCAUGUUAAUAGAAGAUAUAUAUGGAAAGACAUGUUUAUAUCAACUUUGAGUAUUUCUCAUUGAGCAAGCAUUACUGGUGUCUUCUGUAUUCUUUAUUUGUGGAGGACAGAUAUUUGGGUUUUCAAAGCCUAACAAGUUCCGUAAGUUACCCGUAGUCUGCCUCAUAUCUCCAGUGACUGACAGGGAAUUAACAUAAGUAAGUAUUUAAUCGAUUUCAAUCGACCUCUCUGGUUCAGUCUAGCUAGGGAUAUAAGGCAGCAAGGUAAAACUGGUAAGUGUUGUGUGCGUGGUACAAAUAGUGGAAUGAGGAAAAGAGAUGGUGCUGAAUAGCUACAGUCAUCAGGGAAGGCUUCAUUGGGAGGUAGGGUUGGAGCAGUGUUUUAAAGGAUAAAUAGGGCUUAGAGUGAGCAAAGACUGGAACUGGGAAGUCAUGGUGUUAUGCAGGAAGUGCAUUCUCCUUUAGCCCAAGUAGAUCUGGGAAGAGAGCUUGGCGGAAGAUAGGGGCCAGAUAACGAAGGUUUUUGACUACUAGGAGUUUGGCCCUUAUUCUGUGGAAUUCCGGAGUUUUGGGAAAACUAAUUUAGGAGUAGGAGCCCUGGUGGCACUGUAGUUAAGCACACGGCUGCUAACCAAAAGGUUGGCAAUUCAAACCCACCCAGCUGCUCUGUGGGAGAAAAGACCUAGCAAUCUGCUCCUGUAAAAACUGGAGCCUGGGAAACCCUGUAGAGCACUUCUGCUGUCAUAUGGGUCACUGUGAGUUGGAGUCAGCUCAGUGGCACACAACAGCACACACUGGGAAGGGUGAUUGGACAUGGCUGUGGCAGCCUGGCUAGGAAGAGUGUGGCCCUGGAAGAAUUCUUUUGGUCUCAUCUCUCCUGUUUCCAUGGGCACACCUUCAAAGAUCCCUUUUGUUUCGUCUUGUCUUACUAAUCCAGCCCAAUUACAUUGCUUGCUUGUUUUUAUUUUUGCACAGAUUCUCCUAAACCCACCUUUUUUUUCCUUCUGUUUUCACCUGUUCUUCAGAGUACUGGUUAAUUCAUACAUGGAGUAUUGAAAAAUUUUUCUCUGACUCUGUUCUCAGCACUGACUCAGUCUUUCAUGAUUUUAUUGUUCCUCUGCCUAGAAUUAAUUCCAUUCUCACUUGGCAAAUGCCUGCUUGAGUGGCUGCUCCCCUGUUCAAGGCAGAGUUACUUAUUCACUUCAUAAAUGUUUAUUGAACACCUAUUGUGGUGUUUACAUUCCUGUGAGGCAAGACGGGCAGACUGGUAAACAAGUUAGAGAUUUAUAAGUGUGUGAAGAAAAAUGGUGAUGGUGGAGAGUAGCUAGGUGCCUAAGUUGGGUUGUAAGGAAGACCUUUCUGAGAAGGUGUACGGUUUACACAGUGCUUCAUUUCAGCACUUAAAAAUGAACUGUAAAAAAGAACUGUAGAAUAAUGGAAACUAGGCCAUAUAUCAGUUUUUUAUACUGUGGUGGCUUGCAUGUUGCUAUGAUGCUGGAAGCUAUAUCUAUGGACAGGUAUCAGCAGAGCUUCCAAACUAAGAAGAAAGGCCUGGCAAUCAUAUUCUAAAAAUUAGCCAAUGAAAACCCUAUGGAUCAUAAUAGAAUAUUGUCUGACAUGGUGCUGGAAGAUGAACCUGUAGGUUGGAAGGCACUCAGAAUACAUAAUGGCCACAACAGUGGACAUCAAUACCAAAGAUUGAUGAUGAAGAUGGCACAGGACCAGGCAGUUUCCUUCUGUUACACAUGGGGUCCCCAUGAGUUGGAGCCAACUUGCUGGUAGCCAACAACAACAAAGUUAUAUAAUGUUUCAUUUAUGUGUCUACUCUUCCACUAUACUGAUGAGCUCUUGGAUGUUAGCACCUUGAUCUACUUACCUCUGUGUUCCUGGCUCCUCAGUGAUGAGCGAUUUGAGUUAUACACCCUCCUUUCUCAGUCUACCUGAAACUCUUCCCAAUUUGCUCCCAGAUCAAACCAUUCUUAAGUCAUCUGCAGGCUGUCCCUCUUGGUUAAUGCAGACCUAACCCUAGAGAAGCUCGUAAUCUGAUGGACAUAAGUGUGAUAAAACUUGAUUUGGUAAAUGCCCUGUGUCUGGACAAAGAAAGAGGAGAGUGUUUCCUAGGAAAGGCUGACAGGUUCCCUCCAGCUAGCUUAAUUACCCUGAUUUGUGCUCAGGAAUGCUGACUCACUAAUAAAGUUACAGUGAUCUAUAAAACCAGAUUCCUGUGUGUUAAUUAUUAAUUUAUGAUGAGAAAUAUGUGUCAGGUGCAGUAGAUUGCCCCUUUGGCAUUAUCAGUGCAUUUCCUUCCUAUAAUCAUACCAUUUGGGAAGCUUAAAGUCAAGAGGCAGCUCCACUUAGCAGAAUGAAGAGAGUUCUAGGAAUGGAGUGUUUUCCAAUGUCAAGUUACCCCUGCCACAGAAAUUGGCCAGAAGCUGGCACAGUCUCCCCACUUCAGCUAGUUUCAGUGAUUGUUUCAGCCAUUCAACUUAAUAAUUCCUCCACCUCCGAACAACACAUUCUUUUUUAGUUUAGGUGGUCAUUUCUGGUCUCCAUUAUAUUCCAGGGCAACCCAUUGGUUUCUCUUUCAGAUUGUUUUGGUUAUCUGCUUUGUCAUCUCUGUCCUACGGCUAAAUUAUCUGGCUUGGGUCAUGUGCUAGGUCCACAGGCUACCCAAGUAUUUAUUCAAAUCUGUGUGGCAGUGAUGUCAAAUACAGGCCUAUACACAUUUCCCAGCGUGCUAAAUUAUAGAUGACCUGGCUGUAGAAAGGUACUGCUAAAGCUGGUGACUGAAUAAGUGUGUAAAUAGGAAAUCCUAGAGGUCAAGAAUUUAAGUCCUGUGAAAGCUAGGGGGACUUUAGGCAGCCUUAGCUCGGCCUGUGACCAUCCAGAUGUACCCUGUGCCCACACAGCAGCUGAGGCAAGUUUUCAGAGGGAUGGAAGCGGGGGCUGAUUGGAACUUUGAGCUCUCAUUUUCUACAUUUUGAAGAUGGGAGCAAGGUUUCUUUUGGGAAGAACAGAUCACCACGAUCUCCACCCACUGGAUCUCUGAGCCUCGGUUUCUCGAAUAUGAAAAGGAAGAAGGCAGUCGCUCAGGCUUGCCUCCCUGCACAUCAAGUCCUUUGAUUUUGUUAUAAAAACCUACUUCCACAAAGCAAAAGAGCUCCAGAGGGAGGCAAAAGCAAGGUAGAAGUGGUGAAGGUAGAGGGAAGGGAAGGGAAGGAGGCUGCAAUGUGCUGUUAAUUUCAAAGAAGUUACGUCACUCAGGGCAUAGAAGCAGAGAAUCCAGGCAGGUGCCACAGUCACCAUAGCAACAGCUCAGGCUCAGUUCUGGAGUGGGUGUUCUGGGAGUUGUAGUUUUCCAACCUUUCUGAUAGAGAAAAUUAUUUACCACAUACUUGCACACCCAGUGCUGACACAAGGUUGAGGUGCAUGGUCCACUGGACGGGACCAGAGUAUCAACAGCUAACAAUUUCUAUAAUUGAGAUUUGCAGGGCUGGUGAAGCCUCAAAAAAGGCCUAGUAACAGAAGAAUAAGGUAGCUACCACUACCAACUGUUCUGAUCAGGGCCACGGUAGAUGGACCCUGAAGAACAGAAGAAAAAUGCAGAACAGAACUAAAAUUUUAAAAAAUUCCAUACUUACUGGACUAAGUGAGACUGAUGGACUCCCUAAGAGUCCUGAGGUACUCUUUAAACUUUUGAACUGAAACCAUAGCCAGAGAUCACCUUUUAGCUAAAUAACAAAUUGGCACACAAAAUAAUAUCCAUGAGUACAGUGCUCCGUUAAAAAAAAAAAAAAAACAAUCGAAGUAAAACUAUAUUUGCAGAUGACAUGACC